AGCAUUUUUCAACUGGGCCGUAAACGAGCGAGGGUUCCAAGCGUUCCAACUUCCAACGACUUCGGUGGCGGCAAACUCAAGCUGUGAAUCUACUUCUGUUCCGCUUUUGUGCGUAGAUUUCUUUCCUCACCUUUUCAAGACUGACAGUGUGGGUGCUCGCCCUCUAGACUAGUGCUGUGUUUUUGGGGGGAUCUUUUACCGGCUUUACUUUUUUUUUUCUUUUAGUUCAUCGAGUAAUUCCUUCUCAGUUUCACACUGACGUGUGAUGAGCUGGGGACGGCAGCUUUGUUACGAGGAAGCGAGGUGGAAUGUGUUAACCUUGAAGGACUUGCUUCUGGGGGUUUACAGAGCAGAGUCUGUUUUGCCAGUCUGUCUUCUCGGUGUGGCCAUGAAGCAAGAAUAACCCGCUAGCUUUGUCACCUAAACUAACUCAGCUACGAAUAUGUUGGUCUGAGUGAUUGGAGCUUCAGUUCGAGAUAGAUUGCUCUCGUGCUAUCUUUAUCGUCUUGGUGACUAUUCUUGCCAAGACCGCCACCAACAUAUUAAUAGCGGUAGCGGUGACGGCGACAGUAGAAGGGAACCUGCAGUUGACAAUGCCUACUGUAGUGCCCAUCAACCCCAACCACAUCAACAGCCGUCACACCACACGCCAUCUUCACUACCGAAAACCACAGCCCACCUCAGCCGCUCCCAGAAGUAUCACCAGAAGUAUCACCGUCCUUUACUAACCCUAAUGACGUAAAAACUGUUACCCUAAUGACGUCAUGUUUCACGCCGUUGGCCACAAUGUCAACGCCAGGGGCCGCUCGAGUGGUCUCAGCAGACACUACCCACACUUCCUCGGCCACGCUGACUGGAAGGCCGCCCUCCGGUGUGGAAUACUGUUCUGCACCACUGCCUGUAUCCUCUUCGUCAUCGGCGUCAUCUUGACCUGGCUAGGUACUCGUAGAAGUGUCCACGAUGUGUUCGGAGAGAGUGUUCCCAUCACAGGUCCUAUCUUGCUGGCUGUUGGGGGCCUCAUGCUGUUACUUGCCUUACGCCAGUUCUACAUCGCUCACUCCAGGAAGAGGGCUCAAAAGAAAGCGCUGGCGAAGGGAGCCGCGAAGAAGGCAGUGCCUGGGGCGGACGAUGAGGAAGGUGCGGCCCUUGCAGAUGAUGAUGCCGCCAAAGACAAAGGCAGCGUUGACGACCUGAAUGACGUGGCAUACGACGAGACCUGCGAGAAGCCGCCACUUAUAGCCGGGGGCUACGGAGAGCUCGGAGGUGGGGUGGGCAGCAGCGGUGGCUACUACUGGCCCGCCGCCUCAGCGCAAGCCGCCAUUACCUCCAUGGCCAUGAUGGUAUAUAAAGACCCUGCCCUCACCUACGGCCCAUUUCUAUCGGCUGCCCACGCACACAGCGCUGAUGCCUACACGGCGUCGUCUUUAGGAGUGGCCUUGCCCCUUCUUUCCGCGGCAGGGAGCAGCAAUGGAGCACUGAUAAACCCUGACGGGGCGGGGCCUAGUGGCAGUUAUCAAGGGGUGUCUCCUUUAUCCCCUGCGUCACUUCCGGGUGCGUCACUUCCUGGGUCGUCAUUUCCGGGCGCAAUGGCACAAGGACCGAUAAGUAGCGGUGAUGGUUCUAGUGGCGGAGGAGUUAUCGCCCCGUGUGCAUCGUCACCCACUAAUCUCAUCGGCGCUCAGACAUCAUCUGGGAGUUCAGUACCCCAGGGUGAGACGGCCGUUUUGCCGACGACAUCUACCACCACACUGCAGCAGCAAAACUUGCAUUCCGAUCCUCAGAGUUGCUCACCUUCGGGUGCCGGCGACUCGGCUCCCCACACGCUCACACCAAAGUCUUCGGCGCCAGACCCACAGAGGAUUUUCCCCUCAGACUACUUAAUGGCGUACCAGCGAAGCCAAAGCUCUGGUACCUCUGCCAACGCUGGCAUCAGCAACCUACCAAAACCCACGGCAUUCAUGAUGCUCAGGACGUUAGAAUUGCAAGAAACUAUCUAAAGCUCCUUCACUUCGUGGAUGAUGGCUUCGGCUUUUGUGUGUGUGUGUGUGUGUGUGUGUGUGUGUGUGUGUGUGUGUGUGUGUGUUUGUGUGUGUGUGUGUGUGUGUGUUUCGUCUUAAACUAUAAUAUAUUCUGUUUUGCCUUUAAUUAUCAGAAACGCACAUCCAUGAAACGUUACAAUAAAGCAGAUAGCCAUUUACCUGAAGUAUGUGCCAGUUGGCAUACAAAUUUUCUUCAAUAUUGGCUGCUUUUUCUUACUGUGAUUUCCACAGGAAGCCCAAUCAUAAACCACCGAAACGGAAAGAAGACAGGGACGCCAGGAAAUAAAUAACCUUUAAAAAAAAAAACUCCAACAAACAAAUAAAUCGAAAUGCGUGCUCCAAGUCUCCACCACCGAACGAUUCCAAAAUUGUUUUUAUACCUUUUCAGCUAGCUUUUACGCUGGUUUAUAUUCCAGCGUUUUUAUUCAUCCAAAGCAUGAACGCUUCCUGAUUUUGUUCCUUGCAAACAACAGAAUCGGAAUUGCACGCAUUAUCUGCAAAAUGCCUGGAUUAUUUCUUCUUAAGCAUGCGAUGGGAGCCUGGGUGAACUGUUGAUACUUGUUUAGAAAACGACAGAAAACUGUUUAUUAACCCAGGAAAUU